AUGAGUUUACCAACUAUGGAAUUGGACGAUUUACUUCAAAAGGUUAUGAGCCGCUUUUUGAACUUCACUGUGCCUGAUCUGAGUAAGCUUAAAGGUGUUGCUAACUAUAAGAAAUGGCGUAAUCUUUUUAUGAAAAAGGUAACAACUAUGCACUGCUACUUAGAUUUCUAUCUCAAUGAUGAAUUUAUGUCCAUUCCUAAUGUUCAAGGAUCGACAGAUAUUUCUCAACGUAUGCUCCAAGCUAGAUAUGAUGAUCUUUUGGAUAUGCUCUUGGAUAAGUAUCUUUCCAACGAACUUAUUGAGACCUAUAUUGGGGAGCGGU